AUGCGCCACCCAGUCACUAGUCCUUCCCUUCUUUCUCCUGGGAAUUACGACAACGAUGCAUCUUCGUUGCGGUCGCCCUCCGAGCAGGACUCCGAUUCCGACGAUGACGCCCUCCUCGGUCAAAACCGCAGCACCUUGGAAAUCGCAGAGCACGAUCGGGCGGUCCUAGAAGCUGAAGAAGAGCUAGAGAACCUCCUGAUCCGCCGUGGCAGUGGACAUGGGCUGCGGAGGAUUUUCAGCCCUAAUGGUAGCAGAGUGAAGAUCGGAAAGACGAAAAAGGAGCGGCGACAGCGGAGGGGAUCACGGCGUGAAAGAGUCAGUGAAGACGGCGAGCUGAUGUAUGAGAUGGAAGAGGGAAUUGGUGAUGAUAAUGCCUCGCUUUUGAGCGGGUCAUCGUUGGAUUUGGACCAGAAAGGCGAAUACACAUACGAGCCGCCUCCACGGCCUUCAUGGCGAAAAAUCCUGUUUAUAAUUGCUCUGAUCGCCAUUCUCUUCGUCAUCCUCCUCCUCGGGGCAUAUAAAGCCUCGAGCGGUUUCCGGGCUUCACGAGCACACCUUCCACCCUUGCUCUCCAACGGCACGGCUCUCUUUGCGCCAACCACGAUCGUUAUCUCGCUCGACGGUUUCCGAGCCGACUUCCUUGAUCGCGGCCUGACUCCUGCGCUGAACUCCCUCAUCGCCAAUGGCGUUUCCCCGCAAUACAUGAACCCCAGCUUCCCUAGCGUCACCUUUCCAAACCACUUUACACUUAUGACUGGUCUCUACCCCGAGAGUCAUGGAAUCGUUGGCAACACAUUUUGGGACCCGAAGAUAAACGAGGAGUUCUACUAUACCCAUCCCGCUGUCAGCAUGCAACCCAAGUGGUGGAUGGCGGAACCACUCUGGGUGACGGCAGAAAAGCAGCGUGUGAAGACAGCCAUCCAUAUGUGGCCCGGGUCUGAGGCGCACAUUGGCGACAGGGAACCGACUUUUUUGGACAAGUACAAUGGUACGGAAGUCUUGUCUCGCAAGGUGGAUCGGGUCCUUGAGUUUUUGGAUCUCCCAGGUCUAGAGGGUAAAUCGCAGGUGACACCUGAGCGGCCGCAGUUUAUCGUAGCUUACGUUCCCGACGUCGAUCGGGACGGUCAUAAAUUUGGCCCUAAUAGCACAGAGAUCCGAAAGACGAUCUCCGAAGCGGAUAACAUGGUUGCUAGCAUCAUGACUGGUCUUGAGCAACGCAAUCUCACCGAGGUGGUUAACAUCGUCGUUGUUUCAGACCACGGUAUGGCCACUACCUCUGCAGAAAGGCUGAUUCAAUUGGAUGAUCUGAUUGAUUAUGAUUUGAUUGAACACAUUGACGGCUGGCCGUCUGCUGCUCCGGAUUACGAGCAUGCUUUUGAAUUCUACACACGGGAGACAAUGCCUGAACGGUAUCAUUUCUCGAACAACGAACGCAUUGCGCCGUUGUGGGUCAUCCCUAAGACAGGCUGGGCUAUCGUUAAUCGGUCAGAGUUUGACGUCAAAGAGGCUUUGAAGACCGGGAAGGAAUACCAUCCUCGGGGUAUUCACGGAUAUGACCAUGAGCAUCCAUUGAUGCGUGCAAUCUUUAUUGCGCGUGGUCCAGCCUUCCCACACAAGCCAAACAGCCGGGUAGAAGUUUUCCAAAAUAUUGAGGUAUACAACAUUGUCUGUGAUUCUUUGGGCGUCGAUCCCCUUCCGGGCAAUGGCACACUACGACUCCCGCUGAAGCCAGUCGGCCUUCACUCGGAUGAGAAUGCACCGGUGUUGGACACGCCUCCUGAUCCCCCGGCUCAAACUUCAGCAACAGCAGGGCCCGCGCAACCAGCGCCCCCACAACCAACACCCCCGCAGCCAUCACCUCCACAGCCAAAACCAGCACAGCCAGCGCCGAAACCCACUCCAGCACCUGAGACACCACCCGCCACAGACCAUGAAAGUGACGAUGAAAAGGGUCCGACGUGGUGGGGCACACUUUGGCACAAAUUCGAGGACCUGAAGAACUGGGCUGGCGGCGUUGCUGAUGCUGUUCAGGGCAAGCACCCGGAGUCGGAGAGUUGA